GCAUCGUUUGGAGCGAUUGUUAUCAGCUGGGGACUUUAUUAGGUAUUACAGCGAUUGUUACACAAAUUGUGAUUAUUUUAAAAUUAAUCUAAAAAGUUCUAAGACAACAUGAGUUUUGUACGAAGUGUAUUGUUGAUUCGUCAACCAUUUUCAUCGGUUCGCCAAUUGAUGACUUCGUCGGUGCGGUCGUCUGGCGGUGGCGAUAUCCCUAAAAAUGUAGCGGAAAAUCUCACUACUGCCCAGUAUCAACAGGAAAAUGGGCUCAUCUACGAUAAGAAGCCGUUCAAGAUAGAAUUGGUUGAAGGAAAGCGAUAUUCAUGGUGCUUGUGCGGAAGGUCUAAAACACAACCUCUGUGCGACGGAACGCACAAGAUCGAACAGUACAAAAUUACCCUGAGACCGGUGCGAUUCCAGGUGGAGAAAACCGGCACCUAUUGGUUAUGUAACUGUAAGCACACUAAAAACCGGCCCUUCUGUGAUGGCACGCAUAAAACCGAAGAUAUCCAAAAGACUUCCGGCAAAAACUGAUUUUGCUCUAGUGGGUUGAUGCUGUGUAUGGUUUGUGUUUGUAGCAUUUUUUGAAUAAAGAAAUCUUUGUAGGCGAA